AUGUCUGAUGUACAAGCACCCUAUGCUAACUCAGGUCAACAUAGAUUCAAAGGCAACCCUGUCGCCAUUGUGAAAGUCGGUGGUAUCAACUUGUCCCAAGAGCAGAAGCAAAGAAUCGCAAAGGAAUUCAACUUCUCCGAAACCGUAUUCUUGCACCCUGCAACUGGCAAUGGAAACCCACGAGUAGAUAUCUUCACGCCUGUCAACGAGAUGGAGUUUGCAGGCCAUCCCAUCAUCGGCGCAGGCCACUACCUCUUCCGUGAACUUCUAGCCAGCUCCAACCACGCAAACUCUCUCACCGUUAUCACCAAAGCGGGUCCAGUUCCGAUAGAGUACGACACAGUCAACAAGACCGUGUCUGCCGAAGUCCCCCAUAAUAUCCACAUCCACCAACAGGCAGCAUCCCUCAACCACAUCACUCCUGUCCAAGCGUGUCUUGCCAACGCAUCAGAUCUCAAGGGUGUUCCCGAGAGCUCGCCUGUGGUCUCAGUGGUGAAAGGCGUGACGUACGCCCUGGUAGAUCUUACCGAGAGACCUGACGUGUUUGCCGACAUUGGCCCCGGCGGCAGUCCGGCGCUGGAUUUGGAUGAGGGAUGGAGCCCUUCAUUCACAGGUGUUAUGUAUCACCGCCAUCUCAGAUCGCAUGAAGAGGGGGAUGUGGUAGUAUGGAAUCUUCGCGUGCGUAUGGUUGCGAUCGACCUGGAGGAUCCUGCGUGUGGUAGUGGAGGGAGCUCUUUGGGUGCUCACAUCGCAUUGUCGAAUGCUGAGAGGGGCCGGCAUCACCGCUUUUGCAUUGACCAGGGUAUUGAAAUGGGGAGAGAUAGUCUGGUCAUCGUGGAUGUGAUCCUGGAUGAAGAAAGGAGGAAGGUGUCGACCAUUAAACUUGCCGGCCACGCUGCGUUUGUGGCCGAAGGGAAAAUUUUUGUUGAAUAA